AAUAGCACUUUUGUAAUGUAUGUGGGAGGAAACAAUGCAAAAUCGUUUCCCCCACCAGAUGAGUACAUGACUUAACACCUCCCAGGGAUGCCUGCAAAACAGGACAACAAAAAGUUCAUGUUUUCCUGGUCACCCAGCUGGUGCACAGGUGUAUUUUAAAUGAUCAACAGGUUGAGUUCAUUAAUUCUCUUGUGAUUCUGUGAGACCUUGAAAACAUGAACUGUUUGGGGUACUGAGGACCGACUUUGAGAACCAAUGAUGCAGAGCAUUUGUUAUAAUUCUUACUGACUGGGAGAGUAGAGUCCUGCAUGCAGACAAACCAAGCAUAUGAGACGUAUGUUUGUAUUAGUUGAGAUAUAUAUAUAUAUAUAUAUAUAUAUAUAAGUCACUGAAGGAUGCAGUUUCUCCAAAUAUGUUACUGAAUAUUAAAAAAAAGCAUUUUUGUGUAUUUUUCUUAUGUUGGCGUCUUACAAUGUCUAUAACUGAAAUUUAAGGACAACAAGAGAACAUUUGUGGCUUACUAUAUUUUUUGUUUUUCUUCUCUCCUAGAAUGUGUUUGUUAAUGAAUUGCACCAAAAGAUGCUUUCAAAAUGUUGAAGCUUCUUCAAAACUUAAUAAACUGCAGAUUUGUUAUGUUUGUUUUUUUGGCUGUUGAAAGAUGAUGUGUUGUCUGUUAUUAAAAUAGGUUUCAUUUGCUCUGACAUUGAGCCUAAACAUUGCUUGUUGAGCACGAUUGGAUAGCUGAUACUGCCGACUUAUACUCUCAACCUAAAAUAUGCGGCUGGAGAUUGACCCGUUACAAAGCUGCUGGGGAAUAGGGUGCUAAACGUCUUUGGUCCUGCACACCAUAUCCCUGCCAUUCUAAAAAGGGGAGCUUGACAUUAAAUAUUUGCUUUUUGAACCCAUAUUUAAAGUACAUCCCUUGCUUACACAUUAUGAAGGCUACCAUGUUGUUGGCUAAACCAAUAUUCAUGAAAAACAGUAUUUCAAUUCGCUAGAAACUAGUGUAAUUGUUGUACACUCCAAUAAUAGGAGCUAUUGAAGGAGCAGAUGAGGAAUAGUAGUAGCUACUGGAUCAAUACUUACAGGACUUGUAAAUAGGCAAAAUCUGAAGUUUAUUCCACUGUGUAUGCAAUGUUUUGGUUGAUUGGUAAGACCUUUAUCAAGAUGUACUUGCAGGCCCUGUGAGUGUUGUCCUUUCUGUGUACGUACAUAUGCGUGUCUGUUAAUAUCGUUGUUGCUAUUGAAACAUCAGUACAAUAAAUCUAAGUUUUAAUUAUCUGAUGAUAAAAAUA